GGUAGGCAUACUCGUUGCAUGGAGAAUAUGAAGUUCGGAAGGUGGAGCCGUAGCAAUGUCAUAUAUCAAAGAAACGAUGCUGCAGGUGAGCUAUCACACUGCUUUUCGCUUUUCCACAAUCCAAACAUGUCUGUAAACCUCUCAGCCAAUAUGCUCUUCGGAGUCAAUGGUAUCGUAGCUGUCAUCACAGGAGGAGGAUCGGGUAGUCCACCCAUGCAUCGGUUUCACAACAUGACCCUAAUGUAAAUAGGAAUCGGUCUGAUGAUGACCAAGGCCCUGGCAGCCAAUGGUGCCCAUCGCAUAUACAUUGUCGGCCGCCGCGAAGACGUACUCCGCUCAGCUGCAGAAAGCAUCAACCCCGAAAUCGUGAUCCCACUGCCCGGCGACGUCACAUGCCGCGAGUCUCUCCUCGGGAUCGCAAAGCAGGUAGAGGCCGAAACCGGCUACAUCAACCUUCUCAUCUGCAAUGCCGGAAUAAUGGGUCCCAAGCCGCUCAAAGCAGCACCGGGUGCCCCUUUGCCGUCGCUCUCAGAAUACAGAGCACACGCUCUCGAGACGCCCAUGGAGGAAUUUACAAACGUAUAUGCGGUGAACACCACAGCCAUAUACUACACUACUCUCGCCUUUCUCUCCCUACUCGACGCCGGAAACAACAAGAACAACAUGGGCGCAGACGUCGGCUCCCAAGUCAUAACGACAUCGAGUAUCGGCGGCUUCUCGCGCUUACCCGGUGCCUCGUUCGCCUACAACAGCAGCAAAGCAGCCGUUACGCACAUGACGAAGAUGCUUGCUACAUCGUUUGUUCCGUACGGCAUUCGCUGCAAUGUGCUUGCGCCCGGUAUCUUUCCCUCUGAGCUUGCAAUGGGGAUUAUUGGGGCGUUGGACCCAGGGAAGACUGGAGAGAUGGAUAAGAAUAUUGUGCCGGCAGGAAGAGCGGGGAGGGAAGAGGAUAUUGCGGGUGCGGUACUCUGGAUGGCGAGUCGGGCGGGGAGUUACUUGAAUGGGAGUGUGGUUGUGGUCGACGGGGGGAGAUUGGGCAUGUUGACGUCUACAUAUUGAAGUGGUUAGCGGUAGAUUCGGAUAGGUACUGCCCGUGCUUCAUAGCAACUGUUGUUGUCGUU